GCUUUUGACAGCAGAACAGAGGAAAGUUGUGCAAGUUGUGCUCCGCUCUCUCAUCAACUCAGAGGAUGAGAUGUUAAAAAUUGUUUGUUUUGUUUUUAAAUAGUUUUCAAAAGUCAAUGAAGAAUUAUAAUUUAUUAAGUAUCUCUGUUUGACAUUUCAACAUUCUUUCAGCAGAAUACUUUCGUGUUCGGUUGCACUCGUCCAGGUCGAAAUUUUUGGUUUUACUUGGAGCUGGACUUGCACUUUUUGCUGCGUUUGUUUAUCUUCAUCGAUUCGUAAAAUUUAGGAUGGCGAAUCCAGUCAUAAUUCCGGCUACGGCGGCUCAUACCGCAACGAUCAUUUUUCUUCAUGGCCUGGGCGACACUGGACAUGGAUGGGCGACGACACUAGCAGCCUUAAAACCUCCAUUUGCCAAGCUGAUAUGUCCCACAGCAGGAAAGAUACAUGUGACCUUGAACGGGGGGAUGAGAAUGCCAUCUUGGUUUGAUCUCAAGUCGUUGGACCCCAGUGGCGUCGAAGAUGAAGAAGGUAUUAAUAAGGCGGCUGAUGCCAUUCGAAAAAUCAUUCAGGAAGAGAUCAAAGCUGGAAUUGUUCCGGAUCGAAUCGUAAUUGGAGGUUUCUCCAUGGGGGGAGCUCUUGCACUUUAUGUUGGAUUGAGUACACCUCCAACUCUUGGGGGUAUUGUUGGUUUAUCCUGCUGGUUACCGAUGCACAAAACUUUUCCCUACGGAGGGGCAGGUGCCUUACAACGACCUCCUCUGCUCCAAUGUCAUGGUGAAGCAGACCCACUUGUUCAUUAUUCGUUCGGAAUGCUUACUUCAACCCUUUUGAAGACACAACUUCCAAAGUAUACAUUCAAAUCAUAUCCAAAUUUGGGUCACUCUUCUUCCGAAGCAGAGUUGGAAGAUGUCAAAGCAUUCUUGAAAGACGCACUGCCACAGCUAUCCUCUUAGUUGCAAUAUAUGAAAGUCACCAUAUUAAUUCUAUCACAUUUGUAUGUACUACGUAUAAUAUUCUACAAAAUUACAAGUCCAUGAGAUUUGACUUUCCGACGUGAGAUAAGCUGUUCAAAAAUUAAAUCAAUAUAGGAAAUAAAUAUUAAAAGUCACUGUCUUGAAGAUUAA